CAGAAAAUCCCCGUCUAUAGCUAGUUCGGUGCGUCAGCAGUUAGGGUGUGAUGAUCAUUACUUUUUCGUGAAUAAAUGACAGGUUGCUUAUGAGAAGAAGGUGUAGCUGUAUAUUCUAGUGCUUGUAUAUCUUUUUUUAAAUGUUUCUGCUGUUUUCAUAUCAGUAACGCCUCAACAUGAACGACGAUCGGCUACUAACGACGGAUCCAAACCAAGUCAUCCAGCAUGGUGAUGAAAGAACAACGGCAGGCGGAUUGAGAAAUGAUCAAAACAAUGUGAUGAUGCAGAGUGGUAAUGGUUUGCUUACAACAUAUAUCAACUCUGAAGAGAUCAGAACUGUAACAGAUUCUGCACUGAAUGAGAAUCGUCUGCUCAAGGAACAACUUGCACAAGCACUUAGUUGCCUGACAGCAUGGAAACCAAGGAUAGCUGAGAUGGAGUUAAUCAAGAAAAUGAAUGCACAGCUCAGACAAAAUUUCUACAAUAUCCAUGAAAAGUCAAAGAAGAAGGUUCAGGAGCAAAAUCACAUGAUCAGCCAACUUCAGAAACAAAAUGACAGUCUUAAGAAAGAGAUUUCUGAGUUGCAGAGACAGGGAUCACCUGAUCUUUCCUCGGCAGGUCAAGGGUCGUACCGUGGGCCUGUCCUGGAGGCGCUCAAGGGUCACAUGCAGGCUGUAGAACAGAUCCUGCGUCAAGAGCUGUCCAGCAUGAAGCAGGAGGACACGGAGAAGGACAUCCUGGAGAAGCUCAUGAGUCAUAUCAAGAAAGCCGAGGAGAUCCUAUUCACAGAGGAUAUAGACAUGUAUCAAAGCCCAUCAAAGUCACCUCCCCAAGAGAGACCGGAUGUCGAGCCUCUGAGAGGGAAUAAGUCUCCGAGUGAGCGAAAGGCUAUCCCCUCACCACUCUCUCCUACAGGUCAACGUGACUAUGACCAGUCUAUGGAAAACGUUCUUGGUCAGCUCCAAGCUCUUCGUCAGCAGGUCAUAGAGACAAAUACUGCCCUCAACAAGGAGCGAAUGCGCAGCGAGGCACUAGAUAAGAAGCUGAAGAAGAACCAGGAAGAGCUGUAUGUGCUUCAAGGGACCAGGGAGAAUCAUGUUGCCGAGGCGAUAGAAAGGCAGCGUAAAGAAGAUGAUAUGAAACACAGGACUGAGAUGGAUGGAAUGAUGGCCAAGUUGGAUGAGUUGACAUUGCUUGCAGCAGAGAAACAUAAGAAACAUGCCUUUGAUGAGGAGCCUAGAUACCACAGUGCAAGCAAUGAGUUGAAGAAACAAGUCACUAGUCUUGUGGCAGAGCUUGAUCACAAAGAUAGAUGUCUCAAUGAAGAGAAGUCACAUGUUCAGCAGCAGCAACAAUUGAACGAAGCACUGCAGAGGAAAGUGAGUAUGUACCAUGAAGAGCUUGCCAAGGCGAGAAGAGAAGCUCAGAGCUACAUUGAUACCAUUCACGUGGAACUCAAGAGAAAGGAAACCCUCUGUCAGUCAGAGAGACAAAAGGCUUUGCAUGAAAAGUUACAUCAUGACAAGUGCAAGGAGGAAUUGGGAAAUUCUAAAGUGAAGCUCAACCAGUUGAUGAAAGAUAAAAAUAAGUACCAGGAGAAGGAGGAUCGAUACUUGGCAGAGAUUUUAUCUGCUGAAGAGGCCCUUGAUGCCAAGGAAAGGGAGAAACUCAAGUUUGAGCAGCAAGCUAAGAAAUUUAAUAAUGAUCUACACAUUUGGAAAACACAGGCGGACGGUUUCAAGAGUGAUUUCCAGGUCGAGCGUAAAGCAAGGGAAGAUAUGCACACCGAGAAGCUGGAUCUACAGUCAAAGAUUGAUAACCUUGUCAGGGAUAAUAAGAAGAUGGAGGAUGAACUCCAGCAUUUCCAUCGCGAACAGCUCCAUGCUGUAGGAACUGCGUACGGGCCAACGGCAGGCUAUGGAUACGAUAGGAGAGGAGAUGAUAUGUUUGGUAUGAGACGUCAAGUCUUUUAUGAUCAGCCUGGUGAAGAUGAAGCAGGUAAUGCAGAUCCUGUGGGGGGAUUCCAAGCAGCUUAUCAACCCCAAGAGCUGCGACAGCCCCAACAGGCUACAACUCAACACCAAAACUGGUGCCCCAAGUGUCAGCAAACAUUUCCAGAUUACGACACUCUCAAUAUUCACCUAUCUGACUGCAUAGACUGAGGACAGAGGUCAUAAAAUUCUGCUUUCCAAGGCAGGGAUAUUGUUUUUAAAAUGUUUUUUUUUUAACUACAGAACUCAACUGGUGAAA